UGUGUGUGUGUGUGUGUGUGUGUGUGUGUAAAAAACAAAAACUGAGCCAAUAAAAAAAUUCAAACGCUGUGUUCACUAACCUCAUCUGUUCGCUUUCUGAACUUGCGCGGUUCCACCGAGGAGGAAACACAACAGGUACACCAGGUGAGCCCACACAGACAUCAUCUGAGCUUCUGAUGUGGAGGAGGGACUAUGUCUUUUUAUUAUUAUUAUUGUUGUUAUUAUUAUUUUUAUUGAUAUUUUUAUUAGUAGUAUUAUUAGUAUUGAACCAGCUGUGGCCCUGGAUCGCGCCUUAAUUUGGUGCCUGAAAAACGUGUCAGAGUGAUACAUUACAACUGAUUUACUCCUUUCUUUGGCAGUAGUGGUGCGCAUGUGCAGAGUCAACACCCACUCCUGUGAAACCGGAAGGUGGGAGUGAGUCUUCUGUGCACAGAGACGAUCUCUUAGCUCCACCAUCUCUAUCAUCAGUCGCUGUUUGUUUGCAGCUCCCGGAGCUUUCAGCCAUUUUUAUCAUCAGCUUCACUCACCGGGACUUAACCACCGGUCACUGUAGACCCGGGUCUGGUGUCAGUGCCGGGACCGGGUCUGGAUCCAGACUGAACCCAGAGGCUGUGACCCGGGUCUCUCAGCUCCACAUGUGACGGUGGGAUGUCGACAGGAGAGCACACCGACAUCAAGCAGUGAAGCAUGAUGGGAGGUGGCAGAUGGACAAACCAGUCGUGGGCCGAGCAGUGACACACACACACACAUUCACAAUCACACUCACACUCACACUCACACACACACACACACACACACACACACACACACACACACACACACACCAUGGACCAAGGCUUCAGUUUAAAUACACUGAAGAAGCUGGCAGCAGAACCAGACUACACUGACGUGUCAUUGACAGCGGCGGAACGUGUUCGGGCGCUGGGGAAGAUGGGAUGCAAUGUGGAGAUCAACGAGGACAUUGCGCCACGACGCUACUUCCGCUCCGGGGUGGAGAUGGAGCGCAUGGCGGCGGUUUACCUGGAGGAGGGCAGUCUGGAGAAUGCUUACGUCCUCUACACCAAGUUCAUCACUCUGUUUGUAGAGAAGCUGCCCAGUCAUAGAGACUACCAGCAGUGCAGCGUCCCAGAGAAACAGCUCAUCAUGAAGAAACUGCAGGAGGUGGCGUUUCCUCGUAAAGACGAGUUGAAGAAACGUCUUCAGGAGAAAUACAGCAGGGAACAUACCGAGUACCUCAGAGCCCAGAGCCAGGCUGUGGUGGGGGAUGGGUGUGGCCAGCAGCUGCAGCGCCUCUCCCUAUUGGAUGAGGACAGGAGGCGGGUCCUCCUACUGGAGGGGGAGAGGCAGCGGGUCGCCAGCCUGCGACGGAUGCAGAUCGAAUCAGAACAGUUUCGUUACUUUGAGGACCAGCUGAGGCGUCAGGAACUAGCCAAUAGGAGAGGAGAGGAGGCGGAGCAAAAGGUGGAGAUCAAAAUGCCUGAGGUGACGGACGGCUCCUGUCUGUCUGAGCAGCCAAUCAGAGAAAGCUUACGAUCCCAGGGGGCGGACCCUAACAGAAACAGACCGCCAGCUCCAAUCAGCCAACCGGCUGCCACGCUGGCUGGAGUACACACUCAGAGGGUGGAGGGUCUGAGGCGGGUGGUGAUUCCCAGAGAUCUGACGUAUCGUUUCCUCCUGCUAGCCGACUCCAACACUGCCAGAGGAAUAGAGACCUGUGGAGUGCUGUGUGGACGACUGACACACAAUGAGUUUGUGCUGACUCAUGUCGUGAUCCCGAAACAGUCGGCCGGUCCAGAUUUCUGUGACAUGGAGAACGUGGAGGAACUGUUCAGCUUCCAGGACCAACAGAACCUGCUGACGCUGGGCUGGAUCCAUACUCAUCCCACUCAGACCGCCUUCCUCUCCAGUGUCGACCUCCACACUCACUGCUCGUAUCAGCUGAUGCUGCAGGAGGCCGUCGCCAUAGUCUGCGCUCCCAAACACAACGACACUGGUGUGUUCAGGCUCACUGGUCCGGGGAUGUCGGAGGUCUCUGGCUGCAGACUGAAAGGUUUCCAUCCUCACUCCAAGGAGCCACCUCUCUUCACUGUGUGUAAACAUGUGGUGGUGAGAGACUCAAAGAUCAGUCUGCUGGACCUCAGGUGACAGACAGGAGGCGCUGCAAGGCUUUUAUUUUGUCAAGAGGAAACUGUGAACACCGUGUGUGUGUGUGUGUGUGUGUGUGUGUGUGUGUGUGUGUGUGUGUUGCUAUCAGCUGCUGGUCGUUGCUUCUCUCUGUGGAUCAGUGUUAGCUGUGUAGUGUGGUGCAGUGGGAGGAGCUAACAGGAGGAGUGGAGGGUGAAGUGCCUUCACAUCAACGCAUGAAUGUUUCCUGUCAGCAGCUCAUAUUUAACACACCUGGUCAGGUGAACCCUAAGGACCAAUCAUCUGUAUGUUUGUUGGAUCUGAUUUCAGCAGCAGCUGCUUCAAUUGUCCCGACCAAUAAAAACCUGUUUUACUGCAGAGUCUAUUCACAGUGAGAGUUUGGAUUAAUCACAUGAUCUGUGGUCUGGUCUUGGUGAAUCCAGCAGCUGAAACCAGGACCAGGACCAGACCAGAGAGGUGUUGACAGUAUCAGGUUAGUGAUGAACAGAGGGUUUCACCUCUCAGGUACACCCCCCCCCCCCACCUCCCCUUCUGAAACCAGACCAGCCGGAUCACAUGAACCUGUCACUAGAGUUUACAGAUGAUGGUUCACAGAGUCCAGUUCACAUCAUGUGAUGGUUUUGUUUGGUUCCCACAUGGUCUAAACUCAGGGUCCAGAUGUUCUCAGACUGUAAGUCUCAGUUCAUGACUACAGAGUCUUCAGGACUACAGAGUCUUCAGGACUACAGAUUCUACAGGACUACAGAUUCUACUGGACUACAGAGUCCCCCUCUGAGCCUGAGCUAAAGACCGUACCGGACCAGGACUGGACUGUGUGUUUGUGGGUCUGUGUGAGUCCAGUCUCAGUUGAACCAGGUUCCAUUGUCUGUACUUGUGUUUGGCUGGAAACUAUGCUUCAAAAUAAAAGCUCUGCACCAGAAAUUCACUGCUCUUCAAAGUAAAGUGUGUCUGAUGAUGUGGACUCAGACUUUAAUCCUGCUUCACAUUUGUAAAGACUUUCUCCUCUGAGCUGAAAUCAUUUCUCAAAUCUUUAUUUUUGAGUUUUUAUUGUUGAGUCUGUAUCACACGCUCCGACCUGCUGCUUCGUCUCUGCAGCUGGACGAGUGUGUGUGUGUGUGUGUGUGUGUGUGUGUGUGUGUGUGUGUGUGUGUGUGAGUGUGAGUGUGAGAGUGUGUGUGUGUGAGAGUGUGUGUG